GUCUGCUGAAAUUUAUUAUACAAAACCUUAACCUGAAUUGUACGAGCCAUGGACAAGCAACAUAUUAAGCUCCUCUCCAAAACAAGCAGAGCUCAUGUUGAAGAAGGGGGACACUUUGAGGAAUUGCUAGAGGUAACCAGCACGGACUGUCGCACAUACCAUCCUAUUCAUUGCAAACAAGGACUAAUAGACCUUGGACCAGCCGAAAAUGCCUUAUGCGAUGAUCUUCUAUUGCCUGUCUUGAAUCAGAAUUUGCCAAAGAUAUCAGUAGAACAUAUACGCUACACUAACUUUUCAUCAUCAGUUGGAGAAACUGGAAUAACGACACUUAUUACCAAAUUCCUCCAAGAUGAAUUUUCAUCUAAUAUCUCAGAGAGUAACUUAAUACUUACAUCUGGGGUAGGCUCGGCAAAUGAAAUAAUUUCGUUUGCUAUAGCAGAUAAAGGAGACGCUUUUUUAGUUUUGGCUCCGUAUUAUUACAAUUUCAACGACGAUGCUGGAUUAAAGCCUAACGUCUCGCUGAUUCCUGUUUAUCAUGAUGGAACCGAAAAGAUGUCAGAAUGUUUUAAUAAAGCUUUAGAAAAAGCAAGACAAGACGGUAUUAAUGUUCGUGCGGUUUGUAUCUUCAAUCCCAAUAAUCCAACUGGAAAAGUUGUGGGAAAAGACCACAUUUUGGAUUUAAUUGAUUGGUGCCAAGAAAAUGAAUUACAUCUCAUUGUUGACGAGGCUUACAACCUUACUGUUUAUGAAGAUAAAGAGAGUUUUCAAAGCGUUUUCAGCCUUGUAAAACCCGACAAUCCGUAUGUUCAUAUUACUUGGGGUUUAAGCAAAAAUUUUUCUGUCCCAGGAUUUAGACUUGGGGUUCUAUGUAGCUUUAAUACAGCUGUUUUAAAGUUAGCAUCUAGAAUGGCUGUUUAUAAUAGUGUACCAUUGUACAUAAGGAAUAUUUGCAGUUCCCUAUUUAUCGAUAGAGUUCAAUGUAAGAAAAUCAUCAAAGAAAGUAACGAACGACUUAAAAAAGCUAAGGAUUAUUUUACGAAACGAUUGGCAGAUAUAGGCGUAGCCGUUUGUAAAGAUACAAUAAGCGGUUUCUACGUUUGGGCAGAUUUUUCUAAGUAUAUGCCUGAGAAGACAAUCGAAGCUGAAAAGAAUAUUUAUAAGCGUUUGCUAAAAUUUGGCGUGUGCAUUACACCUGGAUAUAUGUAUUCGAAUCUUGAUUAUGGUUUCUUUCGUGUAAUUUAUGCGUUUCCACAACCAACUAUUGAUUUAGCAUUAGAGAGAAUUAUUUUGGCCUUAAAUCCAACAGAACAACCUAGAAUUUUGGAGAGUUUAACAUCUGAUAUUGAUGAUGAAAUUGAAUUUGCCGUUGAAACUUGUACUCUUGAAGAUGAUGUUAAAAAUCUAUUUUCCGCUUUAAGAAGUGAUAAGCAAUGGGUGAAAGAAAAUACUGGAGAAAAAUGGGCGAAAGAGAAUCCAGCAGCCGCAAAAAUAUUCGAAAAAAAAUAA